CCGGCUCCCGGGUAUUUAAAGGGGACGCGGCGGCGGCCCGGGGGGAUGGGGGCCAGGUGGAGGGUACCGUUCAGACGCUCAUCAUCCACAGCCCCUCGGGACUGGAGGAACUCGUGAGCCGGAGCCCAGAAAUCUGGGGGUGGAUAAGACAUCGCGUCCCCUCCAAUUCCCCUUUCUCCAUCCUGCGCCCAAAUACCUCAGCUAGCCCCUCUCCCCACUCUUCCAAACUCAGCCGGGAUAGACCACGGCCGCCGCCGCUCCCCACGUGAGUCCUGGGCUCCCAGAGCCUGCAGGAGAAGCUCGGAGGUCCUGUCCCCCUUUCUUCUGAGGGACUUUCUGGGGACCACGAAAGGACGUCAUCACUCAAGGCAAAGCCGCCAGAGGGGCCCUGGACGACGGCUGGAGGCCAACAGUCACUACAAGCGGUGCCCAGGGUGAUGUACUGACAAUGAGCGGGUGUUUUCCAGUUGCUGGCCUCCGAUGCCUGUCUAGGCCACUGCUGCUCUUUCCUCUCCCUCACCUGUCUCCCAGGUCUUGGAUGUGCCAGCGUCUCUGGCCGUGGCCCGCUAACCAGCCUCUUCCCGGCCGGCUCCCGCCGCGCCUGCUCUCGCUUGCUCCCCCCUCCUCCUCCUGCUCCUCUCUCCCCUGCUCCCAGGACGACGGCAGGAUGGCCGCGCAGGGCUCGCCUCGCUUCCUCCUGACCUUUGACUUUGACGAGACCAUCGUAGACGAAAACAGCGACGACUCAAUCGUGCGCGCUGCGCCGGGUCAGCGGCUGCCGGACAGCCUGCGUGCAACCUACCGCGAGGGCUUCUACAACGAGUAUAUGCAGCGCGUCUUCCAGUACCUGGGCGAGCAGGGCGUGCGGCCGCGGGACCUGCGCGCCGUCUACGAGGCCAUCCCCCUGUCGCCUGGCAUGAGCGACCUGCUGCAGUUCGUGAGCAAGCAGGGCGCCUGCUUUGAGGUUAUUCUCAUCUCAGACGCCAACACCUUCGGCGUGGAGAGCGCGCUGCGCGCCGCCGGCCACUUCAGCCUGUUCCGCCGCAUCUUCAGCAACCCGUCGGGGCCCGACGCGCGGGGGCUGCUGGCUCUGCGGCCCUUCCACACGCACACCUGCGCGCGCUGCCCCGCCAACAUGUGCAAGCACAAGGUGCUCAGCGACUACCUGCGCGAGCGGGCCCACGACGGUGUGCACUUCGAGCGCCUUUUCUACGUGGGCGACGGCGCCAACGACUUCUGCCCCAUGGGGCUGCUGGCGAGCGGCGACGUGGCCUUCCCACGCCGUGGCUACCCCAUGCACCGCCUUAUCCAGGAGGCGCAGAAGGCCGAGCCCAGUUCCUUCCGCGCCAGCGUGGUGCCCUGGGAAACGGCUGCCGACGUGCGCCUCCAUCUCCAACAGGUGCUGCAGACCUGUUGAGGACCUGGCCUGCCGGGGGCACCCGCGCGGAAAGGGUGUGAGGCGUGGGUGGGGAUCGAAAGACAAACCUAGUUUUAUUACUCCCUUUCCCUUUUGUUUCGGCAUGUCCCUCUGGGAAUUUCCGGUAUUGCGGGCUCGUCCACUUGGGGGCUGGGGGAGGAGGUUCGGAGCCCUCCCCAGCGAUGCAGUUAACCCAGCUCGGCUGCCUCCCCCCGUUCCACUGCAAGCAAAUUCCAGGGCUGCUGCACAUAUCUGGGCAGGCACCCGUGUUUUCCAAAAACCUUGCCUUCUCAAUUGAGAGGAAGGGGUUCACUGGCGGGAGAGAGAAGGAACAUCUCCCGCUGCAUUAACCGCUGCCUUGGGUCGCAUGACCUCCCUCCCCCACUAUCCAGGGGGCCCAGGUCUGGAACUCCCUCCCUCUGCCCCCCAACCCCGCGCACGCUCGCGGCCACACCCGACUCCCAGCGGAGAGAAAUGGUGCUCUCCGACGAUGGCCCCAGGCCUAGAUCGUGCCUCACCCGCCGAGAUCCUACACUACACCCCUUUGCCUGCUUCCCUUUCCCAGUCCAUCCACCUCGUCAGCGUCCCCACAGGAUAAAAAGCCAGAGCGAACGAUCGCCUCCUGGUGGUGGAAUGAGGUAGCACACCGUCCGGCCCCGGUCCAGCCCUCAGGGGACCUCGCAGCACCGCGUCGGUGUCUCCUCACCACCCCAGCCUCGUCUAUGCAGCAGGAGACCAGGGACUUAACCAAAGUCGGGCCGGCUGGGCCCUCUGUGCCCCGCUCCUCCCGUAUGAACCAGGAAGCCAUGAUGUUUUAAAGCAGAGCCAGCGAAACCCAAGCCCUUCUACCCUCUUGUGGUGGUUCAGAGCUAUAAAGGAGGUGGUGAAGGGGCA